GGACCAAUCAGCGGCCGAGUGCGCGCGGGCUCGAGGUUCCCGAGUUCGUUGGCUGUCAGUCGGUAAGGAGUUACGCGCUACGUAGUAUUGUUCGUACGGUGUGAAUGAUCGUGUGCUCUUCGCCCGCGCGUCCGUUUCGUUUCACGGGGUGAUAAACUCGCGAUAUGAACACUGCAGGAAUCGACGCCGUACGCGCGAAAGGUGAACAGUUUCUUGAGUGAGUGUGACUUCGUUCGCGGGGAGAGCCCAUCGUUUUAACCUCGCACGAACACGAGAAAGUCCCGGAGGUAUCGGUUCAGUGGGACCAAUCGACGGGAGCUGUCAGCCUCGCGACACGUCGGUGCACCUGGGGUUGCUUGAAUAGAAUGUCGACGUCGGUAGCGUCGUCGCCGGUGUCCCGUCAGUGAGCGCCCAGUGUCAUCGAAGGGACGGCUCCAGGGUGUGCAGAAGUUUCGCGUAGACAGAUCCGAAGGCUAGCGAGGAAAAUGGCGGAUCUCGAGGCGGUGCUGGCCGACGUCAGCUACCUAAUGGCUAUGGAGAAGAGUAAGUGCACGCCGGCCGCCCGUGCCAGCAAGAAGAUCAUCCUGCCCGAUCCCAGUGUCAGAAGCGUUAUGCACAAGUAUCUGGAAAAACAGAAGGAAGUUAACUUCGAUAAAAUAUUCAAUCAAAUGUUUGGUUACCUCUUAUUCAAAGACUUUUGCGAGAACGUGGCAGAAGAACCGAUCACGCAGCUUAGGUUUUACGAAGAGAUCAAGGCGUACGAGAAGCUCGAAUGUCCGGAAGAAAGGAGAAAACUUGCCAGAGAAAUCUAUGACAAUUUCAUCAUGAAGGAGCUGCUAGCGCACACUCACGAAUACUCGGCGGAAGCAGUGUCCCACGUUCACAAUUAUCUCGUGAAAAAUGACGUUCCGGUUAAUUUAUUUGAGCCGUAUAUCGAAGAAAUUUUUAUUCACCUAAGGGGGGAGCCAUUCAAGAAAUUCUUGGAGAGCGAGAAGUACACUCGUUUUUGUCAAUGGAAGAACUUAGAGUUAAAUAUGCAGUUGACAAUGAACGACUUCAGUGUGCAUCGGAUAAUAGGCAGAGGUGGUUUCGGGGAGGUUUACGGCUGUCGGAAAGCAGACACAGGAAAAAUGUACGCUAUGAAGUGCCUCGACAAGAAGCGUAUAAAAAUGAAACAAGGCGAAACUUUAGCGCUCAACGAAAGGAUAAUGCUUUCGGCAGUCAGUACUGGAGUGGAUUGUCCGUUCAUAGUGUGUAUGACAUACGCCUUCCAAACGCCGGACAAGCUGUGCUUCAUUCUGGAUCUGAUGAACGGCGGCGAUCUUCACUAUCAUUUAAAUCAACACGGUGUGUUCAACGAGCGGGAAAUGAAGUUCUACGCGGCAGAAGUGAUAUUAGGACUAGAACAUAUGCAUCGCAGGUAUAUCGUUUACCGAGACCUGAAGCCCGCGAAUAUACUCCUGGACGAGCACGGCCACGUCAGGAUAUCGGAUCUAGGACUGGCCUGCGAAUUCUCGAAAAAGAAACCACACGCGAGUGUGGGAACCCACGGAUACAUGGCGCCGGAAGUGCUCUCGAAAGGAGUGACCUACGAUUCCAGUGCCGAUUGGUUCUCGUUUGGCUGUAUGUUGCACAAACUGUUGAAGGGGCACAGUCCAUUCAGGCAACAUAAAACUAAAGAUAAACACGAAAUAGAUCACAUGACAUUAACCAAGAACGUCGAGCUGCCAGAAACGUUUUCGCGAGAGCUCCGUUCGUUGCUGGAAGGUUUGCUGCAACGAGACAUCAACAACAGACACGGCUGCCGGGGCGGCGGAGCCGACGAGCUGAAGGAACAUCCGUUUUUUAGUGGUAUCGAUUGGCAACAAGUUUAUCUCCAGAAAUACACGCCGCCGCUUAUACCGCCGCGCGGCGAAGUAAACGCCGCGGACGCGUUCGAUAUCGGCUCCUUUGACGAGGAGGACACAAAGGGUAUCAAACUGACAGACGUGGAUCAAGACCUCUACAAAAAUUUCCCUCUGACCAUCUCUGAAAGGUGGCAGGCCGAGGUGGCCGAGACUGUAUUCGAGACAAUCAAUAACGAAGCGGACAAGUUGGAAAACAAAAAGAAAGCGAAGCAAAAGCAACGGUUCGACACGGACGAGAAAGGAUCAGACUGCAUUUUACACGGUUACAUUAAGAAAUUAGGUGGUCCCUUUGCUAGCGCGUGGCAGACGCGUUAUGCAAAACUUUACCCUAACCGAUUGGAAUUGCACCCAGAGUCCUCGGUGAAGCCCGAACUCGUGUUUCUUGAUCAGGUGGAGGAGGUCAGCGCGGAGCUCCAGCACGUGAAAGGAGAACAGUGUAUUGUCGUCCGUACGAGAGACGUGAAAAUAGUACUUACAAAUCCCGAUGAAAUUAGUCUGAAGGAGUGGGCAUUGUCGCUGAGGUCCGCGCACAAAUGUUCGAUGGAAAUAGUGGGCAAUAUGGCGAAGAAGGCCGGGAAAAUCUACGGGACUGAACGGGACGCGGUGAUCCCGCCGAUGCAGCGCUCCACGAACGGCAACUAGUCCAUUGCUAAUGUAAAUAAUAAGUAAUAUAAAUAAUAAACCUGCACGCCGGCGUCAUACUCCAAGUCCCACUGCCCCUCAGCAGCAACAAGUUUUUUUAUACUGAAAAAAAUCAACGCUGGGAUCACAGAAGACAAUUGUCACGGCGAGGACGGCGAUCGGGAGGUGGCUUCCUGCGGCCGGAAUCGGAAGUUAUCUGGGUCUCGGAACAACUCCAAAGAAAAAACAAACACCCUUUGAAAAUGGCGGGUAGCGUCGCUCUGUAUAGAGACUUCUAGGAUGUAGUGUCGUGCGAACCGCCACGACGUUAUAUUUGUACGCGUUUAGCUGUAUGUGCAAUGUGACGUAGGAACUAGAAAACUGAACAAUGUCCAUCGAUACACACCCACACACACACACUCACGAAACUCGAGAUCUGCACACGCACGAGAACACAGAGAGACAUACACACACACGCGCGCGCGCGGAAUAACACGGAGGACACAUGGAAACAAAAAACAAUACAAAA